AUGAAAAUUUAUUUUACACUCAAAAUUUUUCUAUUAUAUCAUUAUUUUUUAAGUGUAUCAUCACAAUUAUUAGGAAGUAAUUUUUUAUCAGUUUUAAGAGGUUAUAGUAGUGAUAUGUGUAGAUAUAUAUCAUGUUCUUAUGGUAGUUAUUGUUUAAAUGGUGUUUGUAUGAAUAGUCAAAAUAACCUUCUUGGUUAUGGAAAUGGAUUAAUGGGAAAUCAAGGAUUAUUAGGAGGAUAUAAUUCUUUAAAUACUUUAGGUGGUCUUGGAACCAUGGAUACAUUAAAUGCAAAUAAAGUUUGUACUGAUGUUGAUGAUUGUUAUAGUGGACAAUCAUGUCAAGGUGGUCGAUGUAUGUAUACAGGUUAUGGACAAACAUCAAAUGCUUUAGCUACUGGAAUUGGUGAAACAAUUUCUGGAGUUAGACCAUGUCAAAUGUUACAGGAUUGUUUAAAUACAGAAAUUUGUGUAAAUGGUUUUUGUUCAAAAAGUAAUGUUGCUUAUGCUGGUUCACAAGAAACAUAUACAACACAAUCUUGUAGUUCAGGAGCACCAUGUCCAAUAGGAUACUAUUGUAUUAAUGGAAUCUGUGAAAGAAAUCUUUUACAUUCAACAUCUCCUUGUUCAUUAGGUUCUUCUUGUCAGAUAGGAUAUACCUGCCAGCUUGGAAGAUGUUUACCUUCAACGGCAAUUGGUAAAUAG